AUGGAUGUGCAGGAGCUGCGCUUCUGGCGGUACGUGCUUUUGGUAAUUGCGAUCGGAGAAGGCGAGCAGACAGUGACGCCGGCAGCCAUGCUGGCGACCUUGCAGCAGCAUUGCGGGGUGGUGCCGUCCGAGGUGGUCAUCGAGGUCGCGUGCCCACCACACGACCUAUGGCUGACCUUCUCAACGGAGGAUAAGUGCUCUGAGGUGCUCCUUUCAUCAAUGAAGAUCAAGUGUUGUCGGCGUUGGAUUCACUUUUCGCGUUGGUGCAGAAUGGUUCGUGCUCAGCCAGGUGCUCUGAAGUACAAGAGCAAGCUCGGCUUUGAAGGCCUUCCUAACCAGGCCUGGACGACGGCGUCCGUGAAAGAUGUUCUCAAGUAG